CCGCAGAGCGCUCCCGCCUCGGCUUCCGGGUUAUGACGACCCCCGGCAAAGGAAACAAGGCCUUGAAGGUGAAGCGGGAGCCGGGGGAGAAUGGCAACCAGCCUGACGGACGAGGAGCUGGUGACCAUGUCGGUGCGGGAGCUGAACCAGCACCUGCGCGGCCUGUCCAAGGAGGAGAUCAUCCAGCUGAAGCAGCGGCGACGCACGCUGAAGAACCGCGGCUACGCGGCCAGCUGCCGGGUCAAGCGGGUCACGCAGAAGGAGGAGCUGGAGAAGCAGAAGGCGGAGCUGCAGCAGGAGGUGGAGAAGCUGGCCUCCGAGAACGCCAGCAUGAAACUGGAACUGGACGCCCUGCGCUCCAAGUACGAGGCCCUGCAGAACUUCGCCCGGACGGUGGCCCGCAGCCCCGUGGCCCCGGCCCGCGGCCCCCUCGGCGGCGGCCCGCCCGGCGGCGGCGGGCCCCUGGUCCCGGGAAGGUGGCCGCCACCAGCGUCAUCACGAUAGUCAAGUCGAAAAACGGAACGCCCGCUCCUAGGGGGGGCGCCCGGGCCCGCCCCCGUCCGUCCACCGUCCGCCCCGGACGCGAGACGGGCCCUCC